UAUCUAAUUAUAAUUGCAAUUUAUAAAAUGUCAAGUGAAUGAUGUACGUAUGUAUACCCAUGGCUAAUUUAACUUUCAGUUCUCAAAAGAAAAAGGAAAAAAAUAUCAAAUUUUUUGUUAUCUAUAAUUUGUAUGGAUAAUAACUAAUAAAUUUGUAAAGUUUUUAAUUAAGAUUUUUCAACAAGAAUGAUUAGCUAAUUUAGUUAGUUUCGUAAUUUAGUUGCAUGGAUAAUAAUUGUAGAACAUUUAAUUUAUAUUUUUCAACAACCACGAUUAACUAUCAGCACAUCGCGAGCAAUCGUAUCGAUAGAGGCUGUUAUUGCAGCCGAAGGCUGCAUUGGACCGAAGAGGAGGGUCAUCUGGUUGGGGGGUUACUCCCAAGAGAACGACGGUAUAAAGGAGACUGCAGGCAAGUCUCGUACGCAUUAAACAUACGAUUGAGAAAGAGGGAAACUGUGUUAACGGCGAUUUCCUAAGGGAGCGUAUAACCGAAGAGUGCGGCUUGUUCCCGGCCGGUUUUUUGCAAAAUUUUUCCGAAAAGUGAUCGACAUCUCCGUCGGGAGUGACUCCUCGCUUAGUUUCUAUCUCAUUUAUUCGUCAAAGUUUCUUUCUCUCGCGAACACAGAAAUAAUUGUGAAGGAAAGUGGUCUCCAACGUUGACGCGCGCGAAAGCGACGUCUCGCCGUCGUGCGGACAGAUAUAUUAGAUAUCGUUCGGCUUGGUGCAUCCCCUGCGGCAAACAACAGGAUUCUACAGUCAAGGUAACGAAGAGGAAAACCUAAAGUAGGAAUCGGGUCAUAGCCAUGAAAUUCACGAUCGCGCUACAGCCGUUUAAAAAAUGCAUCAUCUUAUUCAUAGUGGGCAUCGUGUGCAGUUCCUUGACAUAUGUGAUUUACAUCACCGAUCCCGUGACUAUGGUAGUAAACUAUCAUUUACAAAUGUUGCCAAAUACAUUCCUUUUUUCAAUGUGGAAACAACCAGUUCUUGAUAUUUAUUUAAACGUAUAUGUAUUUAAUAUUACCAAUUCAGUAGAAUUUCUAAGUGGUAAAGAGAAGCUCAAAGUUCAAGAGAUUGGACCCUACGUUUAUCAAGAAUUUCUUCUAAAUGAUAACAUUACGUUUAACGAUAAUGGCACUAUGACCUACAUUCCAAGAAGGACAGUAGUUUUUGUUCCUGAAAAAUCAAUCAGUGAUCCUAUGAAGGACAUGGUCAUCGUUCCGAAUGUACCUUACUUGGGUGUUACAUCCGCUUUGAGUGACGCCGGAUUUUUAGUGAACUAUCCUUUGGUACAGCUGGCUAAUUUAUUGGAUGCCAAACCGAUCCUCAAUAUCUCGGUAUACGAUUAUCUAUGGGGUUAUGAAGAUACACUAGUAAAAUUGGCCAGUGGAAUUGUACCCAAUUUCAUCAACUUUCAAAAAUUCGGUCUGUUAGAUAGGAUGUAUGACGAAGGAGAGAACAUUGUGACCGUACUGCUUGAAAAGAGUGAUGAUAUGGUAGAAGAAAAAGGACGAUAUCUCAGCAUUGAUAAAUACAACGGUAGUCCCGGACUGGCACAAUGGGGAUACGUCAAAACGGAAGGCAACGAGACGCGAAAAGAGAAUUCAAUUUGUAAUAGGAUCCAAGGUGCUACGGAAGGUAUUGUAUUCCCAUCGAACAUGAACAAGCAAGCCAUUUUUCGGAUCUUUAGGAAGGCGUUCUGUCGGACGUUACCAAUUACGUUUAGAAAAGAAGUUUUGACAGAUACCGGGAUACCAGGAUAUCUUUAUACUCUCACAGAUGAUUUCGCCGACCCGCCCGAUCAGAAUCCGGACAACGAAUGUUACUGCCGUAAGAAGAAGACCUGUUUGAAGAAAGGAUUGACUGACGUAACGCCGUGUUACUACAAUAUCCCGGCAGUGGUAUCAUUCCCACAUUUUCUCGACGCUGAUCCCAGUUUGCUGGAAAAUGUAGAGGGUCUUAAGCCUGACCGUGAGAAACAUGGGUCUUAUGUAAUACUGCAGCAAACUAUCGGUAUGCCCCUAUACUUUUAUUCUAGGAUGCAGACGAAUUUGAUAAUGUACCCCACGCGACACAACACUAAAAUUAUGCCUUUCAAUGACAUCACGAUACCUUUAUUUUGGACUGAAAUGUAUGUUACAUCGCUGCCGGUCUAUCUGACGAUCCUAAUAAAGUUAGCACUUCAAAUAAUACCAGUCGUACAAAUGGUAUUUAUAUAUCUACUUGGUAUAAUCGGAGUGAUGACGUCAGUAUUAUCGCUAGUAUCAAUUCUAUGGAUACUGAAUCAGCAACAACAGCAGGAAAUGAUCAGAACUGUGGACAAUCCCGAUCUGAGAACACCCUUAUGCAACGGCCAGUACACCUCCAUCAAUAUCUUACCGACAGUUACGAAGAUAACGUCGAAAACGGAUUUAUUUAGUUAAUUAAGUGCUAUUCGUGAAUGCAAUCGCGUGUGCAAUCGCGGGAAUGCGGAAGAGAUGCGAUCUUUUUUGCGAACUUUCAUGUGAGACCUAACCGGUGCGCGGUUCGCAGCAAUUUAGCUUGGAGUGAAGCGAAUCGAUGAAACCUCCUUACGAUGAUCUUUUAUGAUACGCGGCAUCACAAAAGUGGAAAAUUAAGAUAUAAGAUCAUCAGUAUAAUGCAAAAGAAGAUUUAGGCAAUAUAUACGCUUAUACAUGUACAUAUAAACUGAUGAUACGUUGAGUACAUCUUUGACAUAUAUUGUGAUGCAAACAAGUUUAAUCUUUAAAGUUUAAUCUUUAAGUUUGAACAUAGGAAAUGUAGUUAAAAUUCCGGAUAUUCUUAUCAUGCACAUUUUCGAUUAAUUAUUUUAAUAAUUUUACAUUGGUUAAAGAAUUAC